AUGUUUUCACAAGAAGAUGGUGGGGGUAUCGUAGACAAAACCUCGGCACAUAUUGCCAAUGAGAUGUCCAUUCGCCAAAACUCUGAAGCAUCUGAAGAAGUGUGGUUGUCUGUCCGUGAACUGUACAAGCAUGACAGUUUACAGGAAAGACACGAGUUAUCGUCCUUUCCUCCAAUACUGUCUGAAGAGAUGCUUCCCACAAAAAGUUCCUCAAGAGAAAGCAGAGCCGUAACGCUUAAUGACAACAGUUGCUCUCCUCUGCGUGGUAAGGACAUCGUUCAAUCUGGGAAAGCAGCCAUUGAACUAUUCUGCAGGCAAAUUGUCACCGGAAAGGUAAAGAGAAAAUGGUUGGUUCUUGUGGGUGCCUUCGUUUGCCAGGUCUUCAGUGCCGGUUUUGGAAACUCAGUUGGAGUGUUUUUUGUGGAAUUCCUAGAGACGUUUCACACCGGCAGAGCAGUCGUGGGCUGGGCAACAUCCAUAUGUAGUGGGCUUGUAUUUGGAGCUGGUAUGUUUGUUGGAAUUCUGGUUCACGAAUUUGGCCCUCGGUCGUCCACGGUAAUGGGAGCCUUCUUAUCCUUUGCUGGACUGCUGGCUUGUUCGUUGGCUCCAAAUAUUGCUGUGAUUUUCAUUACCUUCGGUAUUUUAACCGGAACUGGAUGCUGUCUCGUGUGUGUUGCCUCUUUCGUCGCUGUGGGACAGCACUUUGACAAAGGCCGUGGAGCGGCGUCAUCCAUAGCUGUGGCUGGGUCAGGAACAGGUGCUCUGAUCUUCCCAAUGAUUCUUAGAACAAUCAUUGACGAGUUUGGAUGGAGAGGGACGAUGAUUAUUCUGUCCGCCAUGAUGCUUCAUACCAUUCCGGCUGCGGUUCUUUUCACUUCACCAAGGAGCAAAAAAGCUGUUAAGCAAAAAGCAGAGCCUAUGCAACUGAGGAGUGCUAUGUGUGGUUCGAAACUGUGGAAAAAUCCUGCAUACGUGUGUUACAUUAUAAUAUGCCCUAUUAUUGCUAUCGGAUAUAAGUACACCUACAUUGUUAUAGUCGACUUAGGCAUACUGAAAGGUUUCAGCAAAGAUGACAGUACCAUGCUGCUUGUGUAUAUUGGCUUAGCGUACACCGUAUCCACUGUAGUGUUUGGCCUUGUCCUGAAAGUUUUCUGGUCGCACAGCGUUUUACUGUUUAACGCUUGCCUGGUUUUUAUGAGUGCCAUAAUGUUUCUUUUCUCUGGGCUCACGUCGUAUGGGGCGCUGCUUUUCGGCGCCUUGGCUUAUGGUGCCGCGGUAGGUGGAAUAAGUGGACUGUACGCUGUAGUGACGGUGGAUUUACUUGGAUUAGAGAGGUACUCUACGGGCCUUGGCAUCGUCUGUACAGCUUACGGAAUUGGUUAUCUUCUGAGUGCUCCAAUGGCAGGCCUCAUCAACGAUACCACUGGCAGCUACAACAUUUCAUUUUACGUUGCCGGAACAUUGUGUCUUUGUGGUGCAGUGCCAUUCGCAAUUCUUUACAAAAUUGUGCAACGCAAAAGAAAGUGGAAAGUAUCAACAUGA